AUGCGGUCCCUUCUCUCUCUUUGCCUGCUCUUCCUGGCUGCUACCGUGCAUGCUGUGAGCGUCACCGGCGGCCGACUCCUGGCGAUCCUGGACGAUGUUGCCGAGAAAGAGGGCUACUCCAAGUUCCUGGGAGAUCUGGAAAGCCGGGGAUUCAGCAUCACAUACCAGACGCCCAAGAGCGACUCUUUGCAGCUGUUCAAGCUCGGCGAGCGGGUGUACGACCACGUAUUGCUCUUCCCGUCCAAGAGCAAGGGCCUCGGUCCCAACCUGACCCCCAACAUCCUCCUCCAGUUCAUCAACGCCAAGGGUAACAUCCUGCUGUCCCUCUCUUCCACCGCCACCGUCCCAACAUCCAUCGUCAGCCUCUUGGCCGAACUCGACAUCGCCCUCCCCGCCGACCGUACCGGCCUCGUCGUCGACCACUUCAACUACGACACCGUUAGCGCCGCUGAGUCGCACGACGUCCUCGCCAUCCCGGCCCCCAAGUCGCCCCGCGCCGGCGUCAAGAGCUUCUUCCACGAGGAUGGCCAGGUCAUCGCCUUCCCCAAAGGUCUCGGCCACGUUCUCGGCGCCGGCCAGCUGCUUACCCCGAUUCUGCGCGCCCCCAAGACGGCCUACAGCUACAACCCCAAGGAGCAAGCCGAGGUCGUCGAUGCCAACGACCUGUUUGCUGCCGGCGAGCAGCUCGGCCUUGUGUCCGUCUUUCAGGCCCGCAACAGCGCCCGCUUCACCCUUGUCGGGUCCGCCGAGUUGCUGAGCGACAAGUGGCUCGAUGCGAAGAUCAAGCCGGCGGCCACGGGCAAAGAGGUCACGGCGUGGAACCGCGAGUUCGCCAAGAGGGUCGCGGGCUGGACUUUCCACGAGAUCGGUGUCCUGAGGGUCAACAACAUUGAGCACCACCUCAACGAGGCUGCUAACGAAACGAAUCCCGAGAUCUACCGUAUCAAGAACGACGUCACCUACUCCAUCUCCCUCUCCGAGUACUCCUGGGACAAGUGGACCCCCUUCACUGUUGCCAACGACGACGUCCUCCAACUCGAGUUCAGCAUGCUGUCUCCUUUCCACCGCCUUCCGCUGGAGCUCAAGUCCAGCACCGCCGAUGCCUCCACCUACACAACCUCCUUCACCCUGCCCGACCAGCACGGCAUCUUCAACUUCAAGAUCAACUACAAGCGUCCUUUCCUUACCAACCUUGAGGAAAAGAACACCGUCUCGGUCCGCCACAUGGCCCACGACGAAUGGCCUCGCUCGUACGUCAUCUCGGGCGCCUGGCCCUGGCUGACGGGUAUCUUCGCCACCGUCACCGGCUUUGUCCUCUUCUCGGCCGUGUGGAUGUACAGCGCGCCCACAAAGGCCGCGACUGCGACCAAGAAGACGCAGUAA